CUCACGUGCUAUCGAAUACUUAUCGAGUCGAGAACGUGUGCCAUCCCUGAACAAAUGCGUAAAAUCGGAACCACGACCCUCUGUUCACAUGCGGCCACGUCAUUUGAACUCUCUUCGGUUCUCUCAUUUAUGCUGACAUUCUGAGAAGUUUUUUGAGGAAGCGGCAAAGCCCUCAGUUUUUUACUCGUUGGCAAAUUAGGCGAAAAACAAUUUGGGGUGCGUUCUAACACACAUCCAAAACGAAAAAAAAAGAACCAAACAACAGACAAGUCAACGGAUCAGAUCAAGAUGAAUAUUUUUCGGUUCGCUGGAGAUCUAUCGCAUGUGUUUGCCAUUAUAAUACUGCUGCUUAAGAUAUGGAAGACCCGCUCUUGCGCCGGAAUAUCCGGCAAGUCGCAGAUCCUGUUCGCAGUGGUGUACCUGACGCGCUACCUGGAUCUCUUCACCACCUACGUCAGCCUGUACAACUCGGUGAUGAAGGUGCUCUUCUUGGCCACGUCCGGUGCCACGGUCUACCUGAUGUACGUCAAGUUUAAGGCAACCUACGACCACAACCACGACUCCUUCCGCAUCGAGUUCCUCCUGGUGCCGUGCGCCCUGCUCUCGCUGGUCAUCAACCACGAAUUCACCGUCAUGGAGGUGCUAUGGACUUUCUCCAUCUACCUGGAGUCGGUGGCCAUUCUGCCGCAGCUCUUCCUGGUCAGCAGAACCGGGGAGGCCGAGUCCAUCACAAGCCACUACCUCUUCGCCCUGGGAUCCUACCGCGCGCUCUACUUGCUCAACUGGGUCUACCGGUACAUGGUCGAGUCGCACUACGACCUCAUCGCGAUCUUCGCCGGAGUCGUCCAGACCGUUUUGUACUGCGACUUCUUCUACUUGUACAUUACCAAAGUUCUUAAGGGCAAGAAGCUACAGUUGCCGGCAUAAGUGCAUAAUGUGGGGCAUUUGUUUAUAAAUUGGUACACAUCAUCAAACGAAAUCGUAAACAAAGGCAUAAGCAAACGAAAAAUCCACGGGCCGUUUGACAACGCGUAUUUAGUUCAUAUUAUACAGAGGAUGAAUCGAGAGAGCUUAAGUUGUAAUUAUUUUAUGAGAAAUAAACCGAUAAUCGGCAGUCAAACUAUCUUGCACUACCGACAUCGUACAUUGGAAAUGUAACAAAUGUAUUUAACCUCCGUUUUCCGAUCUGCACACUCUCGGCUCUCCCAAUUUUUAAAUCCAAAAAUAUAAAACCGUAUUUCGGUACGAAAUAACUUUAUAAGUAACAAUCAUUAAACAUGUUUUCUCUUUGAAGCAGAGGGGUUUUCAUACACAGCAAUAUCAAAAAGGAGGUCAUAGAUUUCUUUGUUUAAUUUAGAAUUAAAAGAUAUUCAUUAAAUAGCUUUUAAGCCAACUGUAUCCUACAAAUCCGAAAUAAGUUUAAGUCUUAUUGUGUGGCUAAUAGUAAAGUUAAUGAUGAGCGAUGUCAACAUAUAA